UAGCCCAAACAAAUUUGAUGGAGCGCUUUCUUCUUAACAGCACUUGAACUACCUGCCCUGUGCGUGCAACCUGACGCUAAAAGCAUAUUAUCCAAUUAGCGGCGUUAGAGAAGGGGUCGUCCUUGGCACGGCAAUUUGCCAAUUAGAGAGAACACGUGAAUUAGCUCUCCUACUUAGCGCCAUGUUAACGGGACAAUCGUGUCGACAUCAACCUAAGACAUCACUGUGCGUGGUUAAACAAUCUGAGAGUGAAAAAAGACAAACAUGCACGCUUUAGUGAACGCCUUCAUGCGCUGUCUCUCCUUCCUCCUUCCUCCCUCCUGGCUUUGUGUCAGCUUUUGCUUGUGGGCUGGGAAUGAAUGCGAAGAGACGCUGCCGCGGUCCAAUCCCAGGGCUCGUUUCAAAAGCAGAAAGCCUCUUACAUAUGAGGAAGUAGCAGCCGUAGCAGCAGCAGCAGCAUUAGAAGCCCGAGGAGGCUCCUGCCCGUCGGUCUCACCAGGUCCAGGCUGCGUCUCGCUGGCUGCUAAAACCCCCGCUACUCCUCAGGGCCCUCAAUCGGGUCGGAAUUGGAUCGGGGGUCUCUGGCGAGCCGUGGAGCGCGUCUUCGGAGCCCCCUUGGUCCUUCUCCGCCAUCACUGGUGCCCUAAGAAGCGUCGAGCAGCUUUACGCACCCCGUAUCCUGUCUGUGCCUUCGACUCGAGCGAGAUUAAAAGCUUCCAGGGAGGCGCUGCUGCUGCUGCUGCUGCUGCUGCUGCGAGCGAGGAAGGGAAGCGAGCGGGUGGACUAAGCACCUUGACUUACCCGGGGAACAUGAGCGGGUCCAUGGGGAUCCCCGAUCCGAGCUUAACUGAGUGCGCCUCGGAUGCGUCAACGGAGCAGGGCAUCGAUGAGGUAAUCACCGUGGAUCAGCACACGCAAGAGAUGGGGACGGUGACGAUAACAGUGGCCAUUCAAGCAGCGGAGGACGAGGAACCAGAGGAAGUGUCAUCUAAUAAUAUUGACUUCCUCGGAGGGAGCUGUAGCGAGGACGAAAUCGGGAGGCAUGACAAAUCAAGUGGAGCCGGGACCAGCGGAGGAGAGCUGGAGGAGGAGAGCUGGCAGCCCCCAGAUCCAGAGCUCAUCCAGAAGCUGGUUGCUCAAAUAGAGUACUACCUGUCUGAUGAAAAUCUGGAGCAUGACGCCUUCCUGCUCAAACACGUCAGACGCAACAAGCUUGGCUUUGUCAGCGUCAAGUUGCUCACUUCAUUCAAAAAGGUGAAACACUUGACUCGUGACUGGAGGACAACUGCUUAUGCUCUGAGACACUCGAAGAUCCUCGAGCUCAAUGAUGAGGGCCGUAAGGUGCGGCGUAAAUCUGCAGUGCCUGUCUUUGCCAGUGAGUCGCUACCCAGCCGCAUGCUCCUGUUGAGUGAUCUGCAGAGAUGGCCAGAGCUUGCUGCUCUCACCAAGGAUAAUGGAGGAAGCGAGGGUGGAGCCACUCAACAGGAGCAGCUGAUGAAGCUCCUGUUGAAAGAUUUUGGAACGUACGGCACCAUCUCUUCCGUCAGAGUCCUGAAGCCUGGGAAGGACCUGCCGGCGGACCUGAAGAGGCUGAGCAGCCGCUACACCCAGCUCGGCACUGAGGAGUGUGCCAUUGUGGAGUUUGAGGAGGUGGAGGCUGCUGUCAAAGCAAAUGAAGCUGUAGGGAAUGAGGACGGAGGGACCAGUUCUCUGGGGUUGAAAGUGGUCCUGAUUGGCACCAAGCCACCCAAGAAGAAGGUGCCCAAAGAGAGACCACGUGAGGAAGGAGGGAUGCGCAAAAGUCGCUCGCUAAACAGCAGAGUACGAGAGCUGCAGUACCACGGGGACGACUCGGCCUGCAGCUCCUCAGACACUGAGAGCAACCCCACGUCCCCAAGGCUGGCUAGGAAGUCUCAGUCCUGCAAUAAGCUGAGCCCCACCACUGCAGGCACCAACUUCCAGAACAAUCACCUGAGUCCUGGUAUAUCUCCUCGAAAUAGUCCCUGGUCCAGCCCACGUGCCAGCCCCUGCCCUCAGCGCAAAUCUCCUCACUCCAACAAGUCUCCCUUAGCUAGCGAGGGCAGACUGAGCCCAGAACCUGGCCGCCGCUGGGCAGACUACUCCUCAGACAGUAGCCUCACGCCUUCAGGGAGCCCGUGGGUUCAGCGGCGCAAGCAGGUGGCGUCUCAGGAGAGCAGUCCGGUCGGCAGUCCCAUGCUUGGUAGAAAGAUCCAGAAUGCAGACGGUCUACCACCGGGUGUUACAAGGCUUCCGAGGGGUCCUGAUGGUACCCGUGGCUUUCACUGUGUCACUGUGGGCGAGAGGGGGAAAUCUGCUGCCACUCAGACUUGAUGCGUGGAGCACCCUUAUGCAUUCCCCAGAAGUGUAGUGAUAAAUUGAAUAUUUGAGCUGUACUUGGCCGUGUCGCUCAGCCCCCACCCAGCAUUUGAGACUGUGUAGAAAUAUUUUUGUUGAGUGCAUCAGUUUUCAGUCUUUGUUAUAUUUUUAUACAAUGUUUUUCAGUUACCAUGGUAACAUUAGUGAUUUACCAAUGGAAAUUUGAGUGAAUGUAAGUUGAUACUGCUUUGAAAUGGACCAUUGCUGUCUAAUCUUGUUCUAAACGGGGCGGGCUGGAAGAGGGAAUUCCACUUUGAUUUUAAUUGAAGUGUCCUCUGUCUUGUGUGUAAGAGCUCACAUCUUUGUCUGUCUGUGGAUGGUGUGUAAAUGUGUUUGUGGUGUAAGUGGCACAUGGACUUGAUAGCGAUAUCACCAUAUGCCUUUUCUGUAUUUGUCUACUGUGAGUUCCAUUUUUACAUGCUGUUUAAACUGAGGCCAUAAUCGCUCCACUGCCAUAAAGGUUAGACAAACUUGGACAUGUUAGUUUUUAUUUUGCCUUUUUUAAUUUCAGUAUUUUCAGUAAGCUUUGGCAAUUUGUUGGGAGGGGACUCUUUUGCCCUGUCAAUGUUUAUUUGUUUGGCAGAUGUCUGCUUUAUUUAUUUUUUAGCUUUAUUAUUUUUCCUUGGAAUAUUUGUUUCCAUCAGUCUGCGUCACAGUGAGGUUUGAGGGAUCAGGUCAGGCAGCGUGAAUACUCCUGUGUUCUUGCCUUUACAUCUGAGCUGGGGUAUUUGUACAGUGCGAUUCCUAUUGUACAAAUAAAUCACUAAAAAUGCAA